AUUUGCAGCGCGCGCUGCGUUGCGUGGAACGAAGAUUCAGCAACUCCAUGAACCGCGGAGUUAUGCUGGUGUAAGCACCAAGUUUUCUUCGAUGUACGAGGACUCCCUAGUUCUCGGCAGUCGAGUCAUAAUGACGAGGUUGGUGACGUACGAGCAAGGACUGUGGCUCAAUGGGCUGUUUGCUCGGAUUUCGGACUUCGGAUGUUGCAGGAGCAGUGGAUCUGUCAAUGCCCGUCUUGUCUCGAAGCAAUCGUGAUGCCGCGGUUAUUGGUCUAUCGAAGUGUUUGGAGACAUUGUGAUUUGAAUUUCCAGUGAAUGUGAAGUGAGUGUGUGCUGAAUCCAUCUGGCGAGCAAUCGGAGCUUGGUGAGAGGAUUCAAAUGAAGUUCUGUGAGAGAAUGCGCAGCCCCUUGCAGUGUCACUGGACAAGGUGAACUCCGUACCCAACACCAUCACUGUAUGUGUUGAAGAGAAUGAAGCGGCGAGGUCGGCAUCUGGAAUAUUUAGGUUUGUCUCUGGUCUUCGAUUCUCACAGAUUCAAGGCAACACGUCAUCUCUUGUAGUUUUGACGAGCAAGACUCGACGCGGGCCGACAAUUUCUCAAUUUUGAGCCUUGAGAUGCUCCGAAAUGAAGAUGUCUCUACACCUGAAUGCCGUGGAUGAGUCUUGACGCAAGGACGUUUAUUCUUUGAUUCAUUUGCAGAUUUUGAAACCAAGCAACCUGAAACUAGCCACCAGAAGUUGCGGAACACUAAUUAAGUCACCAACCUAUUCAUGGGUAGAAUUGCGCUGUUUCAAAGUAGCUUCGUCUUCAUCAAUGGGAUUGCGUAGACAAGGGAUCAGGGCAAUGAGUUGCUACCUAUGGGUUUCGCUGGUAAUCUUCUCUGUGUUGAAUGACACUUCGACUGGGUAUGUCCAUCAGCAUUCGGAAUCUUACCUUGGAUUUAAGCUCCACAACCAGGGAUUUCGGGGGUGGUUUUUUUAUCAAAUGUGAUUGAAUCCACCGAGUAGUUGCACUCUCAGUGCCGAUUGGAAUCGAGGUAGUUGGAUUAAUCUGCAUCUUAGGCAAAGUUUUCAUUAUGAGUGUCGUGCUGACACUGUGGUCUUGCAUCCGAGGAAAUGUCAAGAGCCCAGGAGAUAUCUACCGACGAGCAUAGUUACUUCCGCAGUUUUCGCAGAUGUUCCCUGAUACCGCAAGUUUAGAGUGAGAGCAGUGAGAUACUAAAAGCCCUGCAUAGAUCGUCUGGGUCAGACACACAGGCCAUCGAAAAUGGUUCGCGCCUUUUUAAGCACGAGGUCUUACUUUGAGGCACCUGCAACGAGUCCUCCAGCUCCGACUGAUAGCUCAUUUGGAUAUGUAGUGAAGAAAAAACAAGACGGAGAGAAAAUCAAACCUCCGAAGGGUCCAAAAGCUUUUAUAGGAAAUCCUGCGCAAGCACCUUUUGAUGGAAAUAAUCCUGCUUUUCCUCCUGCUUGGACAGAUAGUCCUCCUGCUCCCCCCCCAGAUACAACAGCCCCUCCUGAUCCUGCAGGUCAACCCCCUCCAUUGCUGCCGCCAGAAUCAUCACCUCCGCCUAAUCCAUCUCCACCACCUCUUGAUCCAACCUCACCUCCUCCUGAUCCGUUUCAGCCCCCACCAUUUGUACCACCUCCUGUCGAAUCCCCUCCUCCGAUCUUGCCGCCCCCACCUCAACCAGCUCCAGUAGCUCCACCUCCCAUUAUUGUGACACCGCCACCCCAAGUCCCUCCGCCGGUACUUCCACCCCCUGCUCCGAGUACUGCCCCUCCUCCCUCCAUAUCCCCACCCCCUGCCAAUUCUCCGCCCCCAUGGUCACCACCUCCGGCUUCGCCACCACAAUCAUCGCCUCCACCUCCACCUCCACCUUCAGGAUCGCCUCCACCAUCCCGAGAAUCAUCUCCACCGCCACCUCCUGCAUCAGCACCUGCUCCGCCACCGACAGCAGUACCCCCAGCAUCGGCACCUCGAGGAUCGCCUCCAAUCUCUCUUGCUCCUGCUGUAAUUCCGAGAAUCACACAACCCGACUUUACCCCUCCACCUUCAACAAAUCAUUCUGGACCAUCCUCUGCACUACCGUCGCCACCAUCAAGUGGAGUCUCUAAUAAUUCAUUGGUUGUAGGUGGGGCUGCUGGGGGAAUUGCGGCCCUUGUCGUCAUAAUCUGUCUUCUGAUUUGUUGUUGCAGGAAGAGAAGGAGACACAUAAACCCGGAUGGAUUGUCGUUUAAAGGUUCUAGUGCUGCUAUGCCACUUACCAGUUCUCAAUAUAAAAGUGACGCUCCGGAUGCGUGGGGAAUUCAUUCGGGUAGUGUCAAUGGUUCGGACAUACCUCCGCCCCCAAAUGGAUCCGACAAAAUGGGCAACUCCAGGUCUUACUUCACAUACAGCGAAUUGCAGACUGCGACCGAUAAUUUCUCCAAGGACAACCUUCUCGGCGAGGGUGGGUUUGGCCGUGUGUAUAAAGGAACGUUGCCGAACGGGACAGUUGUGGCCGUGAAGCAGUUGAACCUGAGCGGAGGUCAGGGCGAGCGGGAGUUUCGAGCCGAAGUUGAGGUCAUCAGCAGGGUGCAUCAUCGCCAUUUGGUCUCGCUCGUUGGGUACUGCGUGUCGAAUCAACAGCGCCUACUUGUGUACGAGUUCGUGCCCAAUGGUACAUUGGAGAAUAACUUGCACAAUCCUGAUAUGCCUAUCAUGGACUGGAACACGAGGCUGAAAAUUGGUCUUGGAUGCGCACGAGGUCUUGCAUAUCUGCAUGAAGAUUGCCACCCUAAGAUCAUCCAUCGGGAUAUCAAGUCCUCCAAUAUUCUUCUCGACGAGAAAUUUGAAGCCCAGGUCGCAGAUUUUGGGUUGGCGAAGUUGUCCUCCGACACCAACACCCACGUAUCGACAAGAGUAAUGGGAACCUUCGGAUAUCUGGCCCCAGAGUAUGCCGCCAGCGGGAAGCUUACAGAUAGAUCAGAUGUCUUCUCCUACGGUGUGAUAUUGCUGGAAUUGGUAACUGGAAGGAGACCCAUAGACAUGAAUCAAGAGGCAGGGUUUGAGAGUUUAGUAGAAUGGGCAAGACCUGUGGUGAUGCGGAUUCUUGAAGAUGGCCACCUGGAGGACAUCGUGGACCCUAACCUGAAUGGCAACUACGACCCGGAUGAAAUGUUUCGUGUCAUUGAAACCGCAGCCGCAUGUGUGCGACAUUCAGCUUUGAAGCGUCCAAGGAUGGCACAGGUUGUACGCGCACUGGAGAGUGAUUCGGACCGAGCAGGACUUUACCAAGGUAUGCGACCGGGGCAGGGCUCGGACACCGAUUCCCAAUACGGCAGCGAGUCCCAAUAUGGCACCAACAGAUACGGAGGCGACAGUGGGCAAUUCGACUCAGGCGACCACAGCACAAACUCCGGGCUCCGGUCAUUCCACAAGCAGAACACCAAUGUGUCGCGGCAACAGAACAACCUCGGAGUCAUCCAAAGCGCGGAGCAUCCCCCCAUCCCCGAAGGCAGCGGCGAGUUUGAUCUCGGGAAUUCCUCAGGUCAAAUGUCGGUGCACGAUCUCAAGCCACCCGUACUCACGCAGCCCACCUUCCAAAGUGGCGAGUAUGAUCCCGACAAGGAAAGUUCGGACUUCCGGCCCACAAACAGGCCUCGCCCAUCCGUUCCUAACAAUGGAAUGAGCGGCUUCAUUGGGGCUCCGCCUCCGCCACCAGGUCGAUACAACCAGCCCUUAAGCUACAGCGGAGAGUAUGUGCCCAUCGGCAAAACGGUGCACUUCGCCGCCAGUGUAGAAGAAAAGAAGUAUUGAGUAACAUCCUUGCUUCUCUGUACAAUCUUACGACUGCAAAUGGGCCCCUAGAACCUUGAACGAUCGAUCUGUGGAGCUUGUUCCUUUGCAACACCACCACCACCAUCACCAUCACCAAUUAUACUUGAUGAAUAGCUCAUUCAAAGUAGACUUUGUAAGUUGGCCACGUGAAGGCCGGAAGAGAGUCUCUCUAGACUGUUCACCAGUUGUGCCUCAAGCUCGCUGGCUGCUAGCUAUUCCCCAGUGGUCAGAGUUUGAAGGCAGCAGGGAGGACAUAGUGAUAGUUCUUGAAGCAGCAGCAGCAGCCCAUCUAGCCAAAGAAGCUGAUCUCUGUGAUGAUAAUAUUCGUGCCCCUUGCAGAGGCAAUAAAAGGCGAUGGAGUCCCUGUUGGGCCUGUGCUUCCUCUCAUGUGCUUUGUGCCAUGGUUUUCA